AAUCACAGAACAGUGCUCUCCUCUUUGCAAGUCUUCUUAGAAAGGCUUUUAUCGUAUGCUGAGAUUGACAUCUGUCCCACUCACUGGAGGAGGAUCGUCCUGGGGGCCAUUCUUCUUGCCUGCAAGUACUGGGAUAAUGCGAUUCUCUGGAACGUGGAGUUCUGCCGGAUCUUCAAGGAUGUUACACUUAAGGACAUAAAUGAGUUGGAAAGGCAUUACUUGGACCUGCUUAAGUUUAAUGUUAAAGUGCCUGUCAGUGUUUAUGCCAAAUACUACUUUGACCUUCGCACUUUAGUGUUUGACAGCAGCCUGUGCUGCAUGCGUGUGCCUCUUACCAAAGAAAGAGCACAAGACCUAGAGGUCAAGUCACAAUUUUGUGAAGAGAAUGACUUGUGCAGAGCAGCUGUGAGAAGAUCAUCCAGUGAUGGCAAUUGUGUUGGUUUUUGUGUCUAAUAUCAUCCUCUCUUAAAAGGGAGAAAUGGGACCUGAGACAUCACGAACCCCUCAUUUUCAAAAGUUGGAGAAAACCACCUCUCUUGCAAAACAAACAAAAAACCCCAGCCAAGUUAAUAUUUUCACCAAAAACACCUUGAAUUCAAGCAACUCUUAGACAGUGACAUUUGCACUGGAUGGGAAAGAAAGAGGCCUUGUCAAAGCAGCAACACACUUCCUGUCCUCAUUGACGUGAGCAGAGUUGCAAGGACUGCAAAGCAGAAGCUCCGAGCUGACACAGAGGCAUUUGCUUACUUCGCAGGCCAAUGCCUGUGAGCUCUGUGAGGCUUUUGAAAUAAUUUAAAUUAAAAUUAAUUUAAAGUUUUAAAGUUAGAUUUUAACAAUAGUACCCAUAUAAUUGUUUUGCCCGCAAUAUGGCUACGUGUGCCUAUAGGAUUGUGCAGUAUUGCCAUUAAAAUAUGGGGUUCUAGGGCCAGGGAUUUAGCUCAGUCGUUCCUGCGCCUGAGUCCAGUCUCCGGUCCAAAAUCAAAAAAAAAAAAAAAAAAAAACCACCAC